AUGAGUCCAAGCGCUUCUUCUCCUGCGGCUGCUCAGCCAGUCGGCACCAAUGGCCAAGAACCCACCAAGACAUACCGAGAGAUGGAUGCGUCUACAAUGACUACCAGUCUUGUGCCCGAGGCUGAGCAGCCACCUGUUCCCGGGUUGCAGGAUCCGGGGCGCUUGACACAGAAGCUCACCACCGCGCACAUGGUUCAAGCGCCAUGGGUGGCUGGAGAGGGCUGGGGCUCACCUCAUAUGGGACCGUACGGUAAGAUCGCAUUAGAGCCCACAGCCAGUGUCCUCCACUAUGCUACCGAAUCGUUUGAAGGGAUGAAGGUUUAUCGGGGCUACGAUGGUAAGGUUCGCCUCUUCCGUCCUUGGCUCAACUGCCAACGGAUGAACAAGUCCAACGCUAGGGUCUGCCUCCCAGCCAUCGAUCCUGAUCAGCUUCUGGCCCUCAUUUCCAAGUUCUUGGCCAUCGAGUGCCGGCGAUGGCUUCCAGAGCCAGGGUCUCACCUUUACCUCCGCCCCGCCACGAUCGGCAGCGGAUCCGCCCUCGGUAUCCAGAGGCCCCCCGAGGCUCUGUUCUUCCUCUUUGCUGCCCUCUUCCCGCAGUCGUCAAACGGGCCAUCACCAGGGAUGCGCCUCUUGGCGAGUGACUCGGACUUGAUCCGGGCGUGGCCUGGUGGUUUUGGCGGUUCCAAGGUUGGUGCCAACUAUGGGCCCGCCAUGGUAGCCCAGGCCAAAGCCCGAGAGAACAACUGCGGCCAGACACUCUGGCUGUUUGGCGAGGACAGGCAGGUGACAGAAGCCGGCGCCAGCAACUUCUUUGUUGUGUGGAAACGCAAAGACUCGGAUACCCUCGAGCUGGUCACAGCGUCGCUCGACACCGAGGUCAUCCUCGAUGGAAUCACCAGGCGCAGCGUCCUCGACCUUGCACGCCAACGGCUCACUAAAGACUCGGCUGACCUACCCCAAGGUUUCCAGCCCGUCCAGGUAGUCGAACGAACAUUAAAUAUGCAUGAAAUUGUCGAGGCGCAAAAGCAAGGCAGACUUAUCGAGGCGUUUGUUUCAGGUACCGCUAUGUUCGUCAUGCCUAUUUCUGAAAUUCUGUACGACGGCGUCAACAUUACUUUACCAAGGACAGUUGGCAAGGACGGGACAAAAUUGCCGGUCAGCAAGUAUUCUUCCACUAUUAAGAUGUGGCUUUCGGAUAUUAUGUUUGGCAAGGUAGAACACGAGUGGGCAUACGUGAUUGAUGAGAAUUAG